UCUUUUUUUUUUCUUUUUUUUUACAGCAGCUGAUUCCCACGGUGGCAAGAGAGAAACUGCUCCCGGUUGUAGAUAUUUGCCAAGAACUGGAAAAAAUACAUAAAAAAAACAAUAGCUCAGCAUGGACAGGAUCCAGAACCUAAACCGCGCGGAAACCUUCUCCUACAUCAACCCCUGGAUUAGAUACUUCCUCUUCUUCUUCAGCUUGUUGUUCUGGGUUUUCUCCUUGUUGAUUGUCAUGAUAGGUGUGUAUGCCAAGGUGCAGAAAGCAACAGACACCGUGAGGGACACCUUCCUCAUCGACCCGGCCGUCGUGCUCAUCGCGGUGGGGGUGGUCAUGUUCUUCAUCACCUUUUGCGGCUGCGUCGGAGCUCUGCGGGACAACAUCCGUCUCCUGAGAGCGUUCUCCUUCAGUCUGACCCUGGUCUUCCUCACCCAGCUGUCCAUAGCAGUCCUGGGGUUCUUUUACUCGGAUCAGACGCGCCAUGCUGUGGGGAAAUUUGUGAAGAAGGCCAUAGUACACUACAGAGAUGACUUGGAUCUACAGAACCUGAUGGAUUACAUACAGAAAGAGUUUAAAUGCUGCGGGUGGAACGACUACACCGACUGGUCGUGGAACCUCUACUUCAACUGUACAGAGGGGAACCCGAGCACGGAGCGCUGUGCCGUGCCCUUCUCCUGCUGCACCCCCAUCCCAGGAGAGGCCGUGAUCAACACCAUGUGUGGCUUCGGCGUCCAGGCGCAGAACUCCUUGGAGGCCGAUAGGUCCAUCUACCCCGUCGGCUGUGCAGACAGAGCCGUGGUUUGGAUCGAGUCCCACCUGCUGCUGGUGGGAGCUCUUACCCUGGGUCUAGCCCUCCCCCAGAUCGCGGGCAUUGUGCUGUCCCAGAUCCUGAUCACCCAGAUCCAGGACGAGAUCAGCGCUGUGUUGUGAGGCCCCGCCCCCGGACACCGGGGAGGAAGGCGGGAUAAAGGGAGGAGCGCAGACCUGACAGCAACCGGUGACAUCUGUAGAGGAAGUCUUGUUUUCCCCUGUCACCCCCACCGCUAACCGCUUUCAAGUACAAUCUCUCCUUGUUUAUUGUGCUGUUGCCGUGGGGACACCGGAUGGUACGGGUCAUGAGCAGUGGGAAGAAGCUACAACUGUGAGUCCAUAGAGCGGAAGGUGAAAACGUUUGGCUUUAUUGAUUUGGUAUUGGUAUUUGGUAUCGAUUGGUUUUCAAUGUAUUUUCAGAACUUAUCUUUUUUUUUUUACCUGGGAAGUAUUUAAUUGUUCAUGUGAUUUAUUUGAGCGGCACACAUUUGUUCUUUUAAGAAAUAAGUUUUUUUGAAACAUUGUUUUGGGGUUAAUAACAUCCUAGCAUUAUGGUGGACACAGUACAGGUACAUUUAUUUUUGUCAGAGCAUUUUCAUUUAUUGUUUGUGGAAUUCCUGCAAAUAUGUAAAAAAUACUUCUAAAAUGAAUGUCUUACCAUAGCUUUAAGAGGUAUUAAAAAUGCAAUGGGCAACAUGGGGUUUGUGUGAUUACAUAUUUCGCUGCAUAGACCAGCUGUCAUCCAGCAAACCUUCCUUCAUAGUAAUUAAUGCGGGGAAUGUAGAUGCCUUCGGGAAGGGGAUGGGGUUGGAAUGUGCAAUGUUGCAUUCUAGCCGUGGAGUGCUCUCUGGAUCAGAUGAGUGGGGAGUUAUCUCUCUGAGCAUUUCUUUCCGUCAGCAGACACCUGCAGGAGAGGGAGAGAACACAGAGAUCAAUGGACAUCUUCAAUCCUUCCCCUGUCAGGCCUUAUAGGGGAGAACAGAAAAAAAACAAUCAAUAUACAAGACUACUAUAAUAAUAUACCGGUACUACUAAUUAUAAUAUAUAUACAGAUCUUUGAAGAUAGUCGGAGUGAGA